AUUCAGACAAGAAUCGCCAGCAAACAAACAUUUUCGGAGAAAACGGGAACGUUUUUUCCCAAAACAUGCGUCGAGAGGAAAUGGCCAAAAAGGUCUUGUACGCAGCAGGGCUGUUGAUCGAGAGCCUUUUCUUAUGCUGUACAGCUACACAGCAAUUGGAGGCUACGGGCCAGCCGGAAGUUUCCAAAUUCGGUAUGAUGCUUCAACGCCACAUCUUCAAGAGGAUCACGGGGGCCGGUCUUUCAGAUGUGUGCUUGCGGGGAUGCUAUGCUGACGUCAGAUGUCAAAGUUUCAACUACGUCUUUACGCAAGACAUUUGUGAGCUGAGUAACCGAACCAAGGAGGCCAGACCAGAGGAUUAUGUUCCGAACCCUGAGAGAUUUUACUUUAAGCGAGAUUACAAAAGAGUCCCUCUCGGUUCCAUUCCUGAGCUGCCUGCGGAGACUUGCAAGGAAAUCAAAAUGAGCGAAGGAGGACAAGCAGUCAGCGGCAAAUACUGGUUUCACUCGAUUGUACCCGAGAAGACUGCUCUGGCUCCUUGUGACAUGAAAACCGAAGACGUGGACGAGUGUAAUUCAACAAUUCCCGUGUGUGACGUCAACGCCGAGUGCGCGAACACCAUCGGUUCUCACAGUUGCUCGUGCAAUGCGGGUUUCACUGGAAACGGAAAAAAGUGUGUCGAUGUCGACGAAUGUGCCAAUAAAUCGGAUGACUGUGGCGCCAAUGCCUACUGCAACAAUACCAUUGGUUCCUAUCGAUGCACCUGCAAUCCCUGGUACCAAGGAAACGGAAAAAGCUGCUAUUUUCGUGAGUUUAACUUACUUUGA